GGGAUGCCUUCGACCUUCUUCUCGCUGCCAACAUGUGGAUCAUGUGCAUGGGUGGCCAGGACGCCCGUUCUAAGUACGAGGCGUUGUACUACUCGCAGCUUGUCGCGAAGCCGACACUGCUGGCCGCCGGGUCGCAGGCAUUCAACUGGCGCAGGCAUAUUGUCGACUCCGCGGAUGCUGUAUUGUAUCGCCUUGGGAAGCUGGCCUUGAAGUUGGGUACAUUUCCCAACUACAUCCCGGAGUGGCCAGCUUGCGGAAUCAGCUUCAACUACAAUGCCGGGUUAGACGCUGCGCUCCACUCCACCGCAAACCAACGACAGGGCACCACCAUCGCCACUAUCUUCGACUCCCCGCAAACGCACUCCUUCGCGGGGGGGUAUCGCACUCUGGGGUGGGCCCCCCGGGCUCCAAUUGGAGUUCUCACUGGGUUGGCGAUGCACAUUUCCAGAGAUUCCAUAUCAUAUUCAGGCAACCAGAUAGGAACCCCGUGACUACGUAGAAUAAAAAAUCACCGAUUCCAAUUCUAUUGACUGUCCGGGAAGUGUUUCCAACCCCAGAGUGUGAGCCUCCCAGGAGCCUCUGAGAUUGCGACUUGCAACUCCACAAGCGACCCGUGUCUAUUCGUGCUUGAAAAAGAUUGCCAUCGCUGGCACCAAGGAACAGGCGUACUCCGUCGUGGUCCUCGUGAAGAGCUAAUCCCGUGAAGGCUGCCCGUUUGUACUCCAGAACUCUGUCCAUGUCUACCGCCGCGUCCGCACACGACGAGCCCAGCGUCAGACCAGAGAGAGAAGAUAUGCACAGCGAAAGCUCCGAAUACACAGAGAAUUGAAAAACGAAUUUCAAUUCUGCAACCCCUCGUCCUCCUCCAAUCAAUCCGGAGUACUUGUUCCAAGAAUCGCAACCGCAUUUACAACAACCCCGAACAACCAAAAACAUGUGUUCAAUGAAGUAUGCAGUAGUCUUCUUCUUCCUCCUCACCACCUGAUACCCCUGGCUAAGGCUGCCAUAGCAGCAGUAACCCCACAGCUGUUACAACGUGCCAAUCUGAACCAGCAACCCUAACGAUACCAGCGCCAGCUCAGCGUCUGCGCGGAAGUGCAGUGCUAGAAGUCCUGAUGAAGAAGGAGACAACGGAUCCGGCACUUCGAAGAAGACAAAGUUCCUCGAGAGGAGGAACAGCAGAUAUGGCUUCCAAGUGGAAGAUGGCAGCACCCAAACCCAACAACUCAGUCCUGUGGAAGCUCUCAUGCAGAGCCGCCAAAUAGCAGCAGUGCUACCUUCAACUUCGUUUCCCAACCCCAGCUAUGGCUGGGCUUCGAGGAAGAAGAUGACCUCGCCCAAAAUAGAGCAGCAGCCCUCCAGCAACGGACGGGCAGAGUUUCCCCCAGCCAACGAAAAAAAAAGACCCACACCAAAUUUCCAGCCCGCUACUUCUACCUUCUGCCUAGACCUACGACGCACUCCAAAGGCAACAACCUAAUACUCGUCUGCAUCUAGAUGGAAACAGGGGGAAGGGGGGACCUAGACCUAUGACCUAUGACAAGGGAAAAGGAAAAGACCGAACGGCCUAAGGCUACCAAACAGAGGUUACAAGUGACAGACUUAGGGAUCAAGUCCCAUAGGGCGCAGCACUCACAAACAAAACACACAAGUUACA